CGCCCGGUUACCUGUCGGCUGGGCGCGCGCGGCCGGGAGCUGGGGGCCCGGGGUUGCGGAGGGGGCUGUAAGGAGAGUUCGCGAACAAGUCUGGAGGCCGGCGCUGGACGGGGCGAGGCAGUAGGCGUGGACCGGGGGUCUUAGGAGACGGCGAGCGGGGCACCGAGGCGAGGCGUAGAGGUCACCCUCGGGAGGUUUCGGCGAAACCUGGUGGGCAAGAGCCAGCACCCGGAAUCGCGCCUUAGGAGGCAGCUCAGUUCAGUCUGACUUUUGUUUCGGGGAGUUGAGGCGAGCUGCACAGACGUAAUUGUAAUUACACAGCCCUUCCAGCGUGGAUAACUCGCUCCGACCGCCCGGGGAAAAGAGAGCUUAAUGGACUCUGGAAGUGAUGGUGGUUAUCCUAUGAUGAGGCAUUUGCUAUGGCUAAUGACCCCUUGGAAGGCUUCCAUGAAGUAAACCUUGCUUCACCUACUUCUCCAGACCUUCUUGGUGUGUAUGAACCGGGAACUCAAGAGCAGACUACCUCACCAAGUGUCAUCUACCGGCCACAUCCUUCAGCUUUAUGCUCCGCCCCUAUCCAGGCUAAUGCCUUAGAUGUUUCCGACCUUCCUACACAACCUGUGUAUUCAUCCCCCAGACGUUUAAAUUGUGCAGAAAUAUCUAGUGUCAGCAUCCAUGUUACAGACCCAGCACCUACCUCUGGAAUCACAGCUGGGUUAACUAAAUUAACUGCAAGAAAGGACAACUGUAAUGCGGAGAGGGAGUUUUUACAGGGUGCUACCAUAACAGAGGCUUGUGAUGGCAGUGAUGAUAUUUUGGGGUUGAGUACUGAUAGUCUGUCCCGCUUACGAAGCCCAUCUGUUUUGGAAGUUAGAGAAAAGGGCUAUGAAAGAUUAAAAGAAGAACUUGCAAAAGCUCAGAGGGAACUGAAGUUAAAAGAUGAAGAGUGUGAGAGGCUUUCUAAAGUACGAGAUCAACUUGGACAGGAAUUGGAGGAACUCACAGCUAGUCUAUUUGAGGAAGCUCAUAAGAUGGUGAGAGAAGCAAAUGUCAAGCAGGCAACAGCAGAAAAACAGCUAAAAGAAGCACAAGGAAAAAUUGAUGUACUUCAAGCUGAAGUAGCUGCAUUGAAGACACUUGUAUUGUCCAGUUCUCCAACAUCACCUACACAGGAGCCUCUGCCAGGUGGAAAGACACAUUUUAAAAAGGGGCAUACAAGAAAUAAAAGUACAAGCAGUGCUAUGAGUGGCAGUCAUCAGGACCUCAGUGUGAUACAGCCAAUUGUAAAAGACUGCAAAGAGGCUGACUUAUCCCUGUAUAAUGAAUUCAGAUCUUGGAAGGAUGAGCCCAUAAUGGACAGAAAAUGUCCUUUCUUAGACAAAAUCUAUCAGGAAGAUAUUUUUCCAUGUUUAACCUUCUCAAAAAGUGAGUUGGCUUCGGCUGUUCUGGAGGCUGUGGAAAACAAUACUCUAAGCAUUGAACCAGUGGGACUACAACCUAUUCGAUUUGUGAAAGCAUCUGCCGUUGAAUGUGGAGGACCAAAAAAAUGUGCUCUCACAGGUCAGAGUAAGCCCUGUAAACACAGAAUUAAAUUAGGGGACUCAAGCAAUUAUUAUUAUGUUUCUCCUUUUUGCAGAUACAGGAUCACUUCUGUAUGUAACUUUUUCACGUAUAUUCGAUAUAUUCAACAGGGACUUGUGAAACAGCAGGAUGUUGAUCAAAUGUUUUGGGAAGUUAUGCAGUUGAGAAAAGAGAUGUCAUUGGCAAAGCUGGGAUAUUUCAAAGAGGAACUGUGAUGCUCUGCCUGGGACCAUGCAUGAACCUCCCUGAAGACCUGGAAAAUGACUGAAUAUUUUUAUGGUUACUUGAUAUUUAUUUCCUUCCAAGGAGUGGGUCCAAGACUUUUUCCCUCUUUUGCAAAUUACACUGAGAAGUACUGUGAUUUCUUUUAAACUGACCUAUGCUGUGUUUGCUUAUUCUUUAGUUGAACACACUAUAAAGAAUUACAGGUGUA